AUUGACAACUCCAGAACUUUUUGGUUGUUAUUCGGGUUGAAAAGAUUGACGUGUUUUUCAUUUUAUAUGAGUUGUCGGUGCCGGUUUAAUUAAAAUCUUUUGGUGCAUGUAAUUAUUGUUUACUUGAAACAAUAAAGUUAGCGAUAAUGUUACAAAUGCGUAGUCUAGGUAUUCUCCUAUUCGUGGCGGGGACGUAUGCUUUGUACGACUCCUCGUCGGACGUAAUAGAAUUGACUCCCAGCAAUUUCGAUAGACUCGUCACUAAAUCUGAUGAAAUAUGGAUAGUUGAAUUUUACGCUCCAUGGUGUGGACACUGUAAGAACCUUGUUCCCGAAUAUAAAAAAGCUGCUCGCGCGUUAAAGGGCAUCAUCAAAGUAGGUGGUGUAGAUGCAGAUCAACACAAAGACUUGGCACAGAGGUAUGGAGUUACUGGUUUCCCAACUAUCAAAGUGUUCUCUGGUAUCAAACAUACUCCAUACCAGGGCCAAAGAACUGCUGAAGGGUUUGUGGAUGCUGGAAUCAAGGCGGCAAAGGAGAAAGCAUAUGAAAACCUCGGGAAGAAGUCUGGUGGAUCAUCUGACAAGUCUGAUGUAAUCACACUGACUGACAGCAACUUUAAAGAACUGGUGCUGGACAGUGAAGAUCUCUGGUUGGUGGAGUUCUACGCCCCCUGGUGUGGUCACUGCAAGAACCUGGAGCCCCACUGGGCGAAAGCUGCAACGGAACUCAAAGGAAAGGUAAAAGUUGGUGCAUUAGAUGCAACAGUGCACCAGGCUAUGGCCUCUCGUUACCAAGUCCAAGGCUACCCCACCAUCAAGCUGUUCAAUGCUGGCAAGAAGACAUCCGACUCUGUGGAGGACUACAACGGUGGAAGGACAUCGAGCGAUAUUGUGGCUUAUGCAUUGGAGAAGCUCGCUGAGAAUAUUGCCCCGCCAGAAAUUGUUCAGGUAGUAAAUGAAGAGACUAUGAAGGUGUGUAGCGAGAAGCCAUUGUGUGUGGUGUCCAUACUGCCCCACAUCUUGGAUUGCAAUGCGGCGUGCCGUAAUGACUACAUCGCUAUACUAGCCCGUCUCGGUGACAAAUAUAAGAAUAAGAUGUGGGGAUGGGUAUGGACGGAGGCUGGAGCGCAGCCUGCACUGGAGGAGGCUCUGGAGCUGGGCGGGUUUGGAUAUCCGGCCAUGGCAGUUGUCAAUGCUAAGAAACUCAAGUUCUCUACGCUCAGAGGAUCAUUCUCUGAAACUGGAAUCAACGAGUUCCUAAGGGAUCUUUCAUUCGGACGUGGCCAAACUGCACCAGUGAAAGGCGCUGAAAUGCCAAAGAUCAGUACCACAGAGCCCUGGGACGGGAAGGAUGGAGAAUUACCUCCCGAAGAGGACAUUGAUCUCUCCGAUGUUGACUUGGAGAAGGAUGAGUUAUAAGUGAUAAUGCUUAAGACUGCCAAUUUUAGUGUCACUUAAUUAUUUUUAAGAUCUUUAUAGUCUCAAAACAUCACAUUUCUGGAUC